GUCAUUAAAAACUGAACUUUACAUAGACACAAUAUGCUGACACUUAAAAAGAAAAAGCAGCUUUUAUGAUCUCGUGCUUAUUACUUUGUUUUGUUUGUUGAAGGAUAUGCUGACACUUAAAAAAAGUACGUAAAUUUUUGCGUCGUCCUAAAACUUGGUGGAGAAAUGAGCAAGCUCCUUUUUCGUUAUGUCAUAAGAAAAAAGUCAUCACUUCCCUUCCAAACGGUCAACAAAACCAAGAGCCAAUUCAAGGGCCAGAAAUUCCUUGAUAUUUUAGCAUCAAAGCCAAAUGUGACCAAGAAUCAUCAAAAAUAUCUUAACCUCAUUGAGGACUUUCUUCAAACAAAUUCUGAACAAAAUUGUACAAAACACGCAUUGCAUAAAGAACUGUCUUUUCCUUAUUCAAUGGAAGAUUCAAUCUCAUUGCUUUUUAAGUUUCAUAAAGAAGGGUCUAAAAUUGGGGCGAGUUCAGUGUCAAAUGCUAUGAGUUUAUGUGCGUCAAAGAGAGAUUUUAGGGUAGGGAUUCAAGUUCAUUGCUUGGUGAUUGUAAAUGGGCUUUUGUCCAAUGUUUAUAUUGGCAGUUCUUUGAUCACCUUUUAUGGUAAUUUUGGAGGAGUGGUGGAUGCUUACCAGGUGUUUGACGAAAUGCCUGUGAGGAAUGUUGUGUCUUGGAGUGCUAUGAUAAAUGGUUUUGCACAAGAGAAUGAGGUCGAUAUGUGCUUGAAAUUGUAUAAAGGUAUGAUGGGCUUGACAUUGAAACCAAAUGAGUUCACGUUUACGAGCUUGCUGAGUUCGUGUAUGGGUAGUGGGUGUUUUGGUCAUGACAGGAGUGUUCACUGCCAAAUAAUUCAUAUGGGUUUUGAUUCCUAUAUACAUGUCGCAAAUGCUCUUUUAUCAAUGUAUUGUAAGUGUGGGGAAGUAAAGGAUGCUUUUCACAUUUUUGAAAAUAUGAAGAGCAAAGAUUUGGUGUCAUGGAACUCGAUGAUCUGUGGAUAUGGACAGCAAGGACAUGCAAUUCAAGCUAUUGAACUUUUUGAGGAAAUGAAGAAGCAGCAAAAAGUGAGACCUGAUUCCAUUACUUUCCUUGGGGUGUUAUCUUCUUGCCGCCAUGCAGGUUUUGUUAAAGAAGGCAUGUUUUACUUUAAUUCAAUGGUUGAUUGCCGUGUGAAGCCAGAGCUGGAUCAUUAUUCAUGUAUUGUAGACCUUCUCGGACGAGCACGGUUACUAGAAGAGGCAUGGGAGUUUAUCAAGAAGAUGCCAAUUCAACCAAAUGGUGUCAUCUGGGGUUCAUUGCUUAUGUCGUGCAGGCUUCAGGGGAACUUUUGGUUGGGCAUCGAGGCUGCAGAGAAUAGGCUUACGCUGGAACCAUGGUCCACCUCUACCCACUUGCAGCUGGUAAAUUUAUACGCUAGUUUAGGAUACUGGGAUCAGGCAGCGAGAGUGCAGAAGUUGAUGAAAGACAAUGGACUUAAAAGGGAUCCUGGUUAUAGUUGGAUUGAGAUUAAAAGUCAAGUUUUUCGCUUUACUGCUGAAGACAUAUCUAUGGGACAUAUUAAAUCAAUUGGUAGUUUGGUGGAUAUUUUGGUGGAUCACAUGAGAAGCUUUGGUGUAGAAGAAACUUUCCAGUGAAUAGUAAUGUAGAGUAGAUGUGCAAUUUUGCUUUGAUAUGAGCUAAGAUUCUUCUUGGCAUAUGUCAGGAUAACAAUUUUGACUUGGGACAACAGCAUAAGUGCAAAGAGAUUGUUAAGAAAAUGGACCUUGAGCUUAAUUCAACUCCAAAAACUAGCUCAUUAGGCGAAGAUUGCCGAAAACCAUAUAAGAGGACAACAGGUAAUUCCCUCAACCUAUAUGAGACUGUCUAACACCCCCCUCAUACCCAGGACAUCUGGAGCGUGCACAACAUAACAUGGAGGUCCAACAUUGGGUAAACCAAGAACAGAGAGGAGUCUGACUUUAAUACCAUGUUAAGAAAAUAGAUCUUAGUCUUAACUCAACUCCAAAAGUUAGUUCAUGAGCUAAGGGUUUUCAAGACCAUAGUAGGAGACAAUUGGUCAUUUGUUCAACCUUUGCGGAACAGUCUAACAGGGAUAAUCCUAUCUGCCAAGUGUAUUCACCCCGAGAAUAGUAAUGUGUAGUAGAUAUGAGAUUCUUGCACUGAUAUGAAGUAGAUUCUUCUUGGCAUACAUCAUGGAUGACCAUUUUGAGAACAACUGUAUGAGUGCAAAGAGAUGAUCCUAUUCCAUCAGAAAGCAGAUAUUCAUACUUUAUAGUACCAAUACAGGGAUACAAAUGGCUAAAAUUGUGGAGAACUUAGUGAGGAGAUCUAGUUUUGUUCUACAAUACAGUCAAUCUCAAUUGAACCCGUCCCUAUAAUGUUACAUACAUUAUAGCCCCUUUUUCUCUUCUUGAUGGAUAGCCCCUUUUUCUACAGUCAAGAAAAAUCAGGGUGAAGACGGUGAGAUAAGAUACCAGAAGAAUCAUUGUGUUCUUGAUGCUGCCUUGACAUAUAUAUAUUCGGUGGUUUUAGAAGGCUAUCCAGCUACAUUGAUGAAACUAGUAUUAUGGUACUAGCUUUGCCUGGAAUAAGACCUUCUUGAAGAAAAUUGGGGCCAGGAGGAGGAUAUUGCUUUCUCCAUGAAUCAUUCUUUCUGAAAACAGUCUCUUUAUUUAUUGAACUAGUUUAGGUUGAGAUACUGAAUCCUCUGAAACCAAAAAAAAUAAAAAAUGAGAGUGGGACUAUUUCUUUGCAAAAAUGAAGAUGACAUGGUCAAGCAACUGCAA